AUGGGAAAGUCCAAGAACAACAAGAAAGCGGCAACCGCUGCUAAAGUUGUUAAUUCUACUGCUCUUACCCAUGGUCGCAUCAGUUUUUCGCAAAAAAGCGAAGUGGAAACCACCAAAAUUCGAUCAAAAAAGGAAUCCGACAAUUUGGACCCUCCAACCGACAAAAACAACAGCGAUACCAACAUGGAGGAGACCGACAAUCCACUGAAGUACAAUCGCAUCGUCCAGAACAUCGAUUCGUCUCAGUGGAACCUGCAGACUCUCGCUUAUUUACGCACAAUUCAUCGUGCUCGAGGCUGA